AUGGCUGAAAGAACCGAAGGUCUGCAAGACCAGCAGCAUUCGCUGCCCCCGCCUGCUCAGUCGCCAGUGCCUCUGCCUGCUGCCGCCACCCCACUGACUGCUCAGUCUGGCCAACAUCAAAACUACCCUCAGGGGUACCAUGGGAAACCCUACAAUAAGCACAAUGCACAGACCCACGGAGGUAAUGCUGCACACGCUGCUCAUGGUGGAAAUGCUCCCCACACAGGUUCAAGUGCCUCGGGCCAUGCCAAUCACAAUGGCCAGAGACAAAACUACCAGGGCAGCCAGAACAAGUACUACAACAAGCGCAACAACUACAACCAGAAGAUAAAUAACAACAGCAACAACCAGUUCAGUGGCUAUCCUUACCCACCAAGCGUAUAUGCUGGUGCUUACUAUUUCCCAUACCCUUACGCUCAGGGUAUGGUGCCAGGAAUGAGUGGCAUCCCCAACUACAACCCACAGCUGCCCCAGCAAAUGCACACGCCUUUGCAGCAGUACCCUGCAGUUUCUUCGCCGGGUGCCUCCAAGGUCAAGAUCACAGACAAGGAUGGCAAACAGGUUGACUUGGACGAGAAGACAAAGGUUUCUGCUCUGAGCCUGGCAUCCACCACCCCCGUCCCCGUGCAUGCUCAGACUGUCUCUACAGGGGGCAGCUCCGAGUCCGUCACUUCGCAUGCUGCUGGUGCUGCUUCUACUUCUCCAGCAUCGUCUUCGCCAACUCUAGCUUCUCCCGCAUCUGCCCCUGCUGCCUCUGCCUCUGGCAAGGUUGCUGCUGCUGAAGAGUUCAGAAGAAAGAUCUUGGAGAAGGCCAAGGCUGCACAGAAGAAGAAGGACGAAGAAAAGGCUGCCGCUGCCGCUGCUGCCCAGCAAAAAGUGGCUGCUACUGCUCCAGUUGUGGAGUCGAAGACUCCAGAGACUCCAGCUGAGUCUAAAGUAGAGACUCCAGUUGAGACGAAGAAGGAGGAGCCUACUCCUGUUGCCAAGGAGGAGUCCGUUGAGAUUAAGGCACCAGUUGAAGCCUCUCAGGCUGCUGAAGAAACUGCUUCUGAGUCUGUCAAGCCAAUCGAAGCUACUCAGCCCGAGGAUACUGUCAAGGCAGUCGAGCCAAUUGAGUCAGUCGAAGAAAAGGCCGAGCCAACUGAGCCAUCGAAGGCUGCUGAGCCAGCUGAGCCAGUUGAGCAAAAGGUUGAGCCAACUGAAACAGCUAAGACUGCUGAGCCAACGGAGCCAGUUGAGAAGACUGAGGUAGAGACUUCUGCAGACACCACCGGUGUCGAAGACACAACAAUUGCCGAGGAAGACAAUGAUGACGAAGAUGAGAACGACGAAGACGACGAGGACGACGAGUCUGUCUUUGAUCUCUCGCUGUACUUCGCUAGAUUGUCAACUGCUAAACCAAUCGAGGACCCAUUCUCAUUUAAUUACCCAUAUCCUUUGACUGGUGUUGACUCAAGAUGGAAGCAGGGUCAGAAGCAAUACAGAUACGACCCCCAGUUCUUGCUCCAGUUUAAGGACAUUGUUCAAUACCCAAUUGAUGAUGCAUGGAAGGAGAAGCUAGAAGGUUUGGGAAUCGUUCCAACCAAGAGAUCCGCUUCUGGUCCUCAGAGAAUGAACUCCAACAAAUUUGGUAACCAGAUGCAAGGCAGAUUUAAUGGAUCGAUGUCUGGUAGAUCGGGCCAAUUUGAAGGAAGACAAAACUCAAGAACUGGAUCCAAGAGAAGAGGUGGUUCUAACGCUGGCGGACCAAGAGAAAGAUCGACUAGAAACAGAAACCAAUCUAAGAGAGGAAAGGGUGACGAUGAGCCACCCAAGCCUGCUGAGGAUGUUAAGCCAUUGGUUCCUUCUGCUAACAGAUGGGUUCCAAGGUCUAGAACUAAGACUGAAGAGGUUAAGACUGCUCCAGAUGGAUCUAUAAUCCUUGAAACUGAGGAUAUUGAGAGAAAGGUUAAGUCUGCUUUGAACAAGUUGACUUUGGAGAUGUUCGAGCCAAUUACUGAGGACUUGUUGACUAUUGCUAAACAAUCUCGUUGGGAGGAGGAUGCUAAGACUAUCAAGCAAGUUAUUUCCUUGACUUUUGCAAAGGCUUGUGACGAGCCAUACUGGUCUUCUGUUUAUGCCCAGUUCUGUGCCAAGAUGUUGAAAGAAAUUCCAGAAGAAAUCAAGGAUGUCAACACUUUGACAAAGACUGGCGAGCCUGCAGCUGGUGGUGAUUUAGCCAGAAGACUUUUGUUGGCAACUUGUCAGGUUGAAUACGAGAAGGGAUGGGUGGAUAAGCUUCCAACUAACCCUGAUGGUACUCCAUUGGAGCCAGAGAUGAUGUCUGAUGAAUAUUACGCUAUGGCCGCUGCCAAGAGAAGAGGUCUUGGUUUGGUCAAGUUUAUUGGUAACUUAUACAUCUUGAACAUGUUGAACGAUCAAGUUAUUUUGCAUUGUUUGAGAGACCAAUCUAAGAAUGUUGUGGACCCAUCUGAGGAUUCAUUGGAGAACUUGACGCAAUUAAUCAAGACUGUUGGCCCAAGAUUUGAGGCCACUGAAAGAAACAGAGCUGCAUUGAAUAUGAUUUUUGACAACAUCCAACAGAUCUUGGAAAAUAGCAAGCUCUCAUCUAGAAUUAAGUUUAUGUUGAUGGACUUGCAAGACUUGAAAAAGAGCAACUGGAAGGCAGCUAAGCAAGAAGCCGGUCCUAAGACCAUCAAGGAGAUUCAUAAUGAGGCUGAGUUGAAGAGAAUCGAAGACAGUAGGGCCCAGGCUGAGAAGAGAAGAAGCAACAAGUCAAACUACAACAGUGGAAACUAUGGUGGUGGCGACUCCAGAUCCAACUCCACUAGAGGAGGCUCAUCAUGGGGUAACAAGAAAGACUCCAGAGCGCCAACCAAAGAUUCUAGAGGUUUCACUGCAGUUCCAAGAUCUCAGUCCAACAGACCUACUGAACCCAGCGUGACUGCUUCUACUAUGUCUCCGAGAGAAAACUCCAAGAGAACCGACUCCAUGGCCUCGAACAUUUUCGCUGCCUUGGACGGUGAACAUGAUGAUGAGGAGUCUGAAAAUACUGGACACUAA